GUUGUUAGGAAGCUUCUGAACAUAUGGCUUAGAGGAGCUCUCAGAUUCCGUUUACCUGCUUCGAUUGUUGACCGGAUGUCCGACAGUUUAACAGGCUUGCGCAACUAUAUUCCAUUGUAAUUUGCAAGAAAACCCAGAACAUUCAGGGACAUUGACAGGUGGAAAGCAACGGAAUUAAGGAUGUUUUUGUUGUACAUUGGACCUGUCAUUCUGCCUUCAUACUUGGACACAAAUAUCUACAAGAAUUUUAUGCUGCUGUUUUCCAGCAUUGCCAUUUUAGUCAGCCCAACCUUGUCCUCGAUGCACUGGCAGUAUGCCGAAAGAUUGCUCCAUACAUUUGUGACGCACUUUGGGGAAAUAUAUGGUAAGGAGGCAAUUGUGUACAAUGUGCAUUCACUAGUACACUUAGCACAAGAGGUGAGACAGCACGGUUGUCUCGACAAUAUAUCAGCUUUCCCGUAUGAGAACCACUUGCAGAAACUAAAGAAACUUGUCAGAAAACCCCAACGUCCCCUCGACCAAAUGCUACGUCGUUUGUCUGAGCAAAAUCAACAGAAUCAAAUCCUUGACAGUCACAGAACACCAAUCUCUUUGAAAAUGCCACAUUUUGUUGGACCAGUUCCAAAUGAGCUUGCCUCUAGAAAGGUUAAAGGGCAGUACAGCCAAAUGGUUUCUAACCAGUGGACUAUCAAAGUCUCAACAGGGAACAAUGUUUUUGCCAUUGCUGGUGAUAUUUGUAAGAUUGACAAUAUUAUUGAGUGUCAUGAUGGCAUCUAUUUAGUUUAUAGAAGGUUUUUUGAUAAGUCCAUCUUCUUUACCUAUCCAUUCAGUUCAGACUUUCUGAAUAUCUACAGUGUCUCUCCAUUAUCAGAACAAUACAUGUAUGCCAAAGUGUGUGCAGUUGCAUAUAAAUGUGUAUUGCUCCCCCAUAGAAGAGGUUUUGUAUCCAUACCAAUUCUACAUUCAGUGAAACGAUAAAGUAGUUUUUAAAUCAGGAUGAGUUGUUUGAUCAGUUGUUUGAUCAAUUCUAGUUGUUUUUGAAUUAGGAUGAGUUGUUUGAUCAGUUGUUUGAUCAAUUCUAGUUUAAAAUGUUUGGGUAGGGUGGUAUUACAGCUGAUAGUCUAUUCUUAGUUGUGGAUAGAUUUUAGUUUCUGGAGCAUCAUCUUCUAUGUUACUUCACAUUUUUAUGUACAUGUAAGUACACUUUCAUGACACCAGUAAAAUGUAUUUUGUUAAUAAAAAUGACACACCAGCAAUAUACAGUGUUUCUGAAAAGUACUCACCAUUCAUACUUGAAACCUGAUUUUUUUCAGGGGGCUUUUUAAGGCACAGUGGUAAUGCUAUUCUCUCUCUCUCUCUCUCUCUCUCUCUCUCUCUCUCUCUCUCUCUCUCUCUCAAAAGAAUGUUCUGUGUUGUGCAACUUUUUGAUGGCAAGAAGUCUGUGUCUGUGGUGCCUCAAUCAUGGUACAAUGAUGGUUUUACUUUCUGGCCAAAUUACACAAACGAUGAGAGGAUCAACAAAGCUGUGAAGUUUGCCGAGGUGCCAGGCCACAACUGGUCGAAGCAUCCUGUCAGACUUUUGAAGACAUAUGGUGACUUCCUGUCAGCCUGGCAAGGUAUGAAACAGUCACUGAUAUGUGACACAUCGGAGCUAGACUCUGAUGAUGAAAAUGAGGCAGUUGGUCGAGGCAAAAGGACACCUAAACCUAUGCACCAUUAUGGUGACACUGAAGACAGUGAUAGAGAGCCUGCACCCAAGAAGGCACCAAGACCAUCGAUUCUAAAUCGGCCUACUUCAGGAUCCUCAUUAACGUCACGAUGCAACCAACCAGCUCCAGGGCCAUCCUAUUUCACCCAACCUCCACUACUAUCCCCUCCAGUGCCAUCCUCCUGUUCUCCGCUUCCACCACUCACUUCUCCAAUGCCAACGUCAUUUUCUCCACAUCCACCACAAUCCCCUUCAAGGCCCCCCUCUUUUUCUACACCUCCUCUGCAAUUAUUCCAAUCUUCUUAUGACUGUUCAUCUCAGAUCAACAAUGCAGAUCUGUCUCUACCCCAUCCACCUCUCGGGAUGUCUUCUGAUGGUUUGGCAUCUAGCAACAGAGCCACGGAAGUAUUUGUGCCCAGUCUGAAUAUGGGGCGUUCUGGGAAGGAGCCAAUCAUCUGUACACCUGCUGACCUCCACAUGCUGACAUUAAUGGAGACCAUGAAGCAACAGAUGAAUCAGCUUUCAUUGAAUAUGAGCGUGAUCAUGGCCAGAAUGGCAGCUGCUGAGCCUGUUGUGGAGAUGCCGGAGGAGAUCUCCUUGCCCCUUGCCUCCCUUGAGGAGGUUGAUCAGUUUAAAGGGUGGUUGAAAAACCCAGGAUGAGAGC